AUGACCACGGUGAUGCGCCGCACUGUGAAGGGAAAGACCACCCCCACCAGCAUGUGGUACGGCGAGGACAGGCCGAAAUGGCUGGGUCCCUUCUCGGGCAACACCCCCUCCUACCUGAGCGGCGAGUACCCCGGCGACUACGGCUGGGACACAGCCGGUCUCUCUGCUGACCCCGAGACCUUCGCCAAGUACCGCGAGAUCGAGGUGAUCCACGCGCGGUGGGCCAUGCUCGGAGCCCUGGGCUGCCUGACCCCGGAGCUGCUUGCCAAGAACGGCGUGUCCUUCGGCGAGGCCGUCUGGUGGAAGGCCGGUGCGCAGAUCUUUGCCCCCGGCGGCCUGGACUACCUGGGCAACCCCUCCCUCGUCCACGCCCAGUCCAUCAUCGCCAUCCUGGCCAGCCAGGUGCUUCUGAUGGGUGCGAUUGAGGGCUACAGAGUGUACGGAGGCCCGGGAGGCGAGGGCCUGGACAAGGUGUACCCCGGCGGUGACUACUUUGACCCCCUGGGCCUCGCCGACGAUCCCGACACCUUCGCCGAGCUCAAGGUGAAGGAGAUCAAGAACGGGCGCCUGGCCAUGUUCUCCAUGUUUGGCUUCUUCGUGCAGGCCAUCGUCACCGGCAAGGGCCCUCUUGAGAACUUGGAGAGCCACCUGGCAGACCCCUCCGUGAACAACGGAUUCGCUGCCGCCACCAAGUUUGUGCCAUAA